UCGGCUGAUUGAUUGGGAAGAUAAGCUAUCACUCUCCAGGGAUCUGCGGCAUUGCCGCUACUCCAGCCAAUGUGCGUGGCGAGAGGGCGGGACGAGGCGGGCUGUGAUCCUGUAGCGCCUCUACCUUGUACAAUGAGCUGCCCUGGUGUGAACGGCUGCUCACUAACCCGCCUCCGCUAGCGCAGUUAACUUGGUCUCCCCUCGAACACUACCCAUCUAGUAUCCUCUCUGCAACAAAAAGAACACAUUUUUGCCACCCAUCAGAGAAGGGGGAUGGAUCUCCGUUCAAUUUGUGAGCGGUUGCUUACGAUGUAGAGAGAGAGGGAGGGAGUCUUCUGUCUUAUUAUUCCCCGUGAUGUACCAGCCGUGCCUGUACAGAGGGAAGAAGCAAUCGGACUGCCGCUGCCCAAGCGCUCGGUCCUCCAACGAGUAGUUUUCCAUUCAGCCCCGUGUUUCCAAGUUGUAUCGUUCACACACACACCCUCAAGCAAUUUCAGGAGUACAUUGUUCCUAGCAACUGUUAUGGCCGUGAGACACAAGCGGCGAAGGAGAUGUUAGCUUCCAAGUCCUGCUCAGCUCUCCUCGUGUUGAAUCAACUGAGGAAUGCCAGCGGCUCGGUUCCUUCUUAAAUGUAUCAGAGGUGAGAGAGGAUGGGAGCGAACAGUUCUUCAAAGCGGCCAGUUUUUGAUGAGAAAGAAGAUGUGAAUUUCGACCACUUUCAAAUACUACGUGCAAUUGGGAAAGGAAGCUUUGGAAAGGUGUGCAUCGUGCAGAAGCGGGACACAGAGAAAAUGUAUGCUAUGAAGUACAUGAACAAACAGCAAUGUAUCGAGAGAGAUGAGGUCCGGAAUGUCUUCAGGGAACUGGAGAUCCUGCAAGAAAUUGAACACGUUUUCCUAGUAAAUCUCUGGUAUUCCUUUCAGGAUGAAGAGGAUAUGUUCAUGGUGGUUGACCUCCUCUUGGGUGGCGAUCUUCGCUAUCACCUUCAACAAAAUGUCCAGUUUACAGAGGAUGCAGUGAAACUCUACAUCUGUGAAAUGGCCAUGGCAUUAGACUAUUUACAGGGGCAGCACAUUAUCCACAGGGAUGUCAAGCCUGACAACAUUCUUCUUGAUGAGCAAGGUCAUGCACAUCUGACAGAUUUCAACAUAGCAACAAUUAUUAAAGAUGGAGAAAGAGCAACUGCUUUGGCUGGAACAAAGCCAUACAUGGCUCCAGAGAUCUUUCACUCCUUUGUCGAUGGUGGGACCGGAUACUCGUUUGAGGUAGAUUGGUGGUCACUAGGAGUCACUGCUUAUGAACUUCUUCGAGGAUGGAGACCCUAUGAUAUCCAUUCCAGUGUUACCGUUGAAUCUCUCAUUCAAUUAUUCAGCACAGUCAGUGUACAAUACACCUGUACUUGGACAAAGGAGGUUGUUACUUUGCUAAGAAAGUUACUUACUGUCAAACCGGAGCAUCGUCUCUCCAGCCUUUCAGAUAUUCAGAGCUGCUCUUACUUAUCAGAUGUCAGCUGGGACUCUGUCCACCAGAAGAAGAUGGAGCCUGGCUUCGUUCCAAACAAAGGUCGGCUGCACUGUGACCCCACCUUUGAGCUGGAAGAAAUGAUUUUAGAAUCCAAGCCACUGCACAAGAAGAAGAAAAGGUUGGCAAAGAACAAGUCGAGAGACAACAGCAAGGAUAGCUCACAGUCAGAUAAUGAGUAUCUGCAAGAGUGUCUAGAAGUAGUGAGACAAGAGUUCAUGAUCUUCAACAGAGAAAAGGAGAAAAAUCAGUGCAAGGUUUUACCAAGAUCAAAACCAACAGUGUGGACUGGCAGCUGUCUACCUUUUAGAAAAUGGUUGAAAAAGAGGUCAGAGGAACCGACAACCUCCGUGUCCAAGACUGAGGAAAAGCCAGAAGCAACUGCUGAAGAUGAAAGUGGAAACCUGCACAUGUGUAGUUCAGUGUGUUCUUCAACGAGCAGUAGCUAGGACUGAAUGGUCAGGCUGCUCGAUCCAUCUGUCUUAAUGUUUCUCAGGCUGCUUCACUGGGCUUCUUAACAAAGCUAUCAAUAGCAUUUGGGGUUGGCGGG